CCGGUGGACUCAAACGCGACAUCACUGCCUGAGGAAAGAGGCCGUGGACUUGGUGAACGGCCGCCGACCCAUCCAGCGAUGCCGCCAUCGCCAUGACUGGCCACUUGCGAGGAGAAAUGCUGCCACAUCGAGGAGAAACACCAUCGCCCGAACCUUCAGCCACGCCACCAGAGCCACCAGAGCCACCUGCGAGGAGCGAUCUCGAUCUACGGCGCCAUCUGCCAGGAAAUAAGAGUUGUUGUUUCAAUUAGGACUCGGCUACAUUCUGCUAUAGUUGCUUCCUGUUCUUUGUGUCCGUGUUGUUAGAGAGCAGAGCACGGAGUGCUGGUACCUUGGUCCUUGGUGAGGUGGCUAUAAACAAAUAUGGGCGUAACAUUAUCAUGGUGUUUGUAUUCCAAGCUCAGGAGAGCCGUGAAAUGGAGCGGGUGGUGGAGGUUGUUCUUCAUGGGGAAGUCUCAGCAGGAGGGCAUCCACCUCGGCUGUCGCAGAAAGUUUGACGGUGUUGUGUAGUUGGGAGGUGGAGGGGGUUGAGCGGGUGGGUAGAGGAAACGGUUGAAUCUGUAGAGACAUGGCUGCUGGACAGCUGGGGUUGAAGGUGGUGGUUCCACGGCUGAUUCCAAACCGCCGAAGAAGUUUUGGAGGUGUGACUUCUGGUGCUCCCCUCAUACCAGGAAUACCUGUUGCGUCUCCGCCCGCUCUCAGAGGACAACAAGCUACCGCUGGGAAUGAGGAAAGUCGUAACACUGCAUUUGUGUCGCUUCCAUCUGUCAGCAAUCGAUCAAACGUUCCAGCUUCACUGAUGGCAGCGGCGACAGGAGGAGGAGGGGGAGGAGGAGGGGGGGGAGGAGGAGGAAGUUCUCGGACGGGGCAAGGCAUGGCUGGCAGUGGCUGGGGGUCCGGCACUUUUGGUAGCCACAAGGCUGGGAGCAGUAGGGAGACACUGAUGCCGCAACAUCGUCGGAUGCAGCAGCAGCAUGGGGUUGAUCCCCUGCUGCACCCAAGAUCUAUUGCAACACCACCUCCUCCUCCUCCGAGAAGUCCGCGAGAAGUAGCAAAAGUCGUCGGUGACAGUAUGGACGAGGGUAGCGAUGAUGUGCUAACUGCAGCCCCUAUCCGAUUUGACCAACUGCCAAGGUACAAAAUCAUCUUAGAAUCGGACACUUCGCUUUCACCCAAGUCCCCUCGCACGUCUGAGAAAGCUCGGCUGACUCCCACUCAAGGUCCAGGGAGGGCCAAAGUAUAUGGGGAACUCUUGACACUCCCGAACGAUGGCAUUCUGUCGCAGCACAUGCAUGUGCGAGUUCACUUAAACACGCAGAGUAUGGAGGACCCUAGUGAGCUCUUUCCCACAGCAAAGGAGGGGGGGAUUGGACGGAUGAGAUCGCCACCAAAGGUGCCGAUGGCGGCAAAUGCAGGCAGAGGUGCACAGGCAGGGGGAGGUGGUGGUCUGGACAGUCCCCCAGCAUCAAAGCCGUCCAACAUCGCAACAAGGCUAAAGGAUGAAGUGCAGUCAACACACCUUUGGAGGGAAGAGGCAGGAAGCAAAGUGAGUGUAGCCACGCAUCAAGGCCCUGUGAAACCUGUGUUGAUGUCAUUGAAUUCGCCAACAUCACCGAGGAAGGGUUACACAUCAGCAGCGGUGGCGGCUGGGGGGGUUUUGGGGUCGUCGGCUGCAGCUGGUGCGGCAGGGGCUGGAGUACCGGCGAGCUAUGUGGAUGCAGUAACUGAGGAAAAGGGAGUAGGAGCAGCAAUUUGGCGGCCAAUUGUUCGGUUCAGAAGAGCUAAUCCCCCACCAUAUGAUCAACGGCUUCCUGAAAGGAUUGAUGCUGAUGAGCAGAAGUUCAAUCUCGAGAAAGGAGGACAUGGGUGCAAGGAGAAGAUUGCUGACUAUGCUGUUCUAGCAGAAUCUUGUCGAAGAUCUAACGAUCCAGAGCGAUUGAGGGAUGAGGCGCGGUCCUAUCUCUGCAUGGCCAUCUUGCAUGACAAUGCACAAGACUAUCAGAAGGCCAUCGAAUGCUACCAGCGCUACGUCGCAUUAGCCAAGAGACUACGCGACAUACCGGCCGAGGCAUAUGGAUACAAUUGCAUAGGAUGUGCGUAUCAGCAAGCAACAGACUUGGGAAUCGCUUCCCUUUGGGCUGCAACUUUGACUUCUUCUUCUGUGUCUAGUACUACUCUAUCAGCAAAUGGUAAAACCCCUCAGGAUAGGGGUGCUAGGGGGGGCUUACAGCGACGGCUGCAGCAAAGAGUUGAAGACUUGCCCACAGAAGCUGUGAUUGGUUAUGAGAGAGCAAUAGAGUUCCACCGUAAACAUGCUGAUAUUGCAGAUUCCCCUGGCAAAAUUAUAGCACACACCAACCUAGGUUUGCUGUAUGCGCAGCUAGCAAGAUGGGAAGAUGCUGCAGACAAUCAUAAGCAGGCAAUGCUGCUGGCCUCAGAGCUCAGGAGCUUAAGUGAUCAGAAGGUGGCAGUUGGAAAUCUGGGGUUCUUGUUGCUUCAGAGGAAGAAAUUCACACCAGCACGGGAGUGCAUGGAACGAUAUCUGCAAAUAUGUCGAGUAUUGCAGGACUCGCGCGGCCAAGCACGAGCACUCUACGGCUUGGGGAGCAUAGCGCUGCAACUGCAAAAGUCUGAUGCUGCUGCUGAAAAGUUUGAGUCCGCACUGAAUGUGGCAAGGCUGGGAGGAGAUGCACAGGUGGAGAACUAUGCCAGGGUUUACAUCGGGAUCUCAAGGGGCCAGCUCAUGUAUGCCAAGAUCGCUGAAGAUCUUCGGCAGCCAGAUAACUUGCGCAGAAGUUUCGUAGCCUUUAUGGAUGAUGGUAGGGAUGAUGUACCUUCCUUAAGUUAUGCAGCGGCAACCGCAGCAGCAGCUGUAGCUGCUGCCUCUGCCACACCUGCCGAUACAAUCUCCCCCUCUGGCCCCACCCCAGCCUCCACCGCCGGAUCACCAAGAAGCCCUGCAUCGCCCGAAAAGCCCAACUUGGCUCGGCCAUCUGCAACGCCUUCUGGAGACCUGCCAAGGCCAUCGCGAACUCCCACUUCGGAUCUGCCUCGACCAUCACGAACACCCUCUACGGAUCUGCCUCGACCAUCACGAACACCCUCUACGGAUCGGCCUCGACCAUCGCGAACACCUACUGCUGAUCUACCUCAACGGUCACAAACACCGACUGCAGAUCUGCCUCGACCACCGCGAACACCUACUGCUGAUCUACCUCAACGGUCACAAACACCGACUGCAGAUCUGCCUCGACCAUCACGAACACCCACUGCUGAUCUAUCCCAACGGUCACAAACAUCGACCGCAGAUCUACCCAGAUCAUCUGGAACACCCACGAUUGAUCUAUCCCAUCGAUUUCAAGCACCCACUGCAGAGCUAUCCAAUAUGUCACAAACACCCACGGUCGAGUCACCUCGACAAGCACAAAUAACCACUGUUGAUCUACCCCGACCAUCGUGAACGGGCACUGUUGAUCUGCUUCAGCCACCAGGAGCAAUGGGCAGCGUUAAUGUGGCUCAGUGGAGCGAGGAACAGGCAGCGUUGGUCUGCCACAGCCACCCGAAGUAACACCCACCAUUGAUCUUCCAUCCAUAUCGCCUACAGUUGGCUCUCCGCAUUAGGGCAUUGAUCCUCCCAAAUCAUGGUGAUGCCAUUUCCAUUGCAAGUAGCCUUGACUGUUUGCCUUCCACCUGCCCAUCUGGAUUUGGUUAGAUGACAGAUCUCCAUCAUCUCCCGAGUUGUCCUGCAGUUGUCCUGCUGCCUUGCCUUUGCUACCCACUUAUUCCCUGUUUGCUGCUUAUCUGUAGCUCUGGUUACUGGUAGUGGGGCCAAGGUAGGUUCAGUUACUAGACGGAAGAUAAGAUGCAGCUUGCAAUCGCUCACGUCUUAGGUGGUCUUGAAUUGUUUGGGUCCUUUCUAGGAUUGACACUUCUCAGUUUCCUUUUGUUGGUGAUGAUGCUAGUAUAGGGUGAAGAAUCUCCUCAUAUAAAUAAGGGGCUGAAGGAAGGGUGAAUACCCCUGUUGCAGUAAAGAGGUCACCAUCUU